ACUACGGGAUCCCGCAGCGCGCCCUGCGCGGCCACUCGCACUUCGUCAGCGACGUCGUCAUCUCCUCCGACGGGCAGUUCGCGCUCUCCGGCUCCUGGGACGGCACCCUGCGGCUCUGGGAUCUCACCACCGGCACCACCACCCGCCGCUUCGUGGGACACACCAAGGACGUCCUGAGCGUCGCCUUCUCCUCCGACAACCGCCAGAUCGUCUCGGGCUCCCGGGAUAAAACCAUCAAACUCUGGAACACGCUGGGAGUCUGCAAGUACACGGUGCAGGACGAGAGCCACUCGGAAUGGGUGUCGUGCGUCCGCUUCUCCCCCAACAGCAGCAAUCCCAUCAUCGUGUCCUGCGGCUGGGACAAACUGGUGAAGGGGAGGUGGGAUCUCCUGGUGUGGAAUUUGGCCAACUGCAAACUCAAGACCAACCACAUCGGCCACACCGGAUACCUCAACACCGUCACCGUCUCUCCGGACGGCUCCCUCUGCGCUUCCGGCGGGAAGGAUGGCCAAGCCAUGCUGUGGGAUCUCAACGAGGGAAAACAUCUCUACACCUUGGAUGGAGGAGACAUCAUCAACGCCUUGUGCUUCAGCCCCAACCGCUACUGGCUCUGCGCCGCAACUGGUCCCAGUAUCAAGAUCUGGGACUUGGAAGGGAAAAUCAUCGUGGAUGAGCUGAAGCAGGAGGUGAUCAGCACCAGCAGCAAAGCGGAGCCGCCCCAGUGCACGUCCCUGGCCUGGUCCGCGGACGGGCAGACGCUGUUCGCCGGUUACACGGAUAACCUCGUCCGGGUGUGGCAGGUCACCAUCGGCACCAGAUGAGGACACGGCGGCGGUGGAGAAUCCGUGAAUUUUGUGU